AUGGAGCCAUGGCUGCCGUUGCUCCGCCACCUCCUCGCCUCCCCGGCCCCCAACGCCGCCGCCUUCUCCUCCUCCUCCUCCUCCUCGAACGGCAGCCCCAGCUCUGCUCCGCUGGCCGCGGGCCUCCUCCGCAUCCUCCUCUCACCGGUGCCCACGCUCCCCGCCUCCGAGCCCACCACCGUCCUCUUUCAGACCCUCCCGCCCUUGCUGCAGUCCCAGGCGCUCUCCUUCCUCUCAUCCUCGGCCCCCCUCCUCGAUCCGAUCCAGGUUCGCUCUCUGGCCUCGCGCGUCCUCUCUGCUCCGCCUGGCCGGUAUCAAUUCUGGGUCCGCCAGGGCGCCCGCCACCUGCUCGACGGAUUGCCUGACAAAGACGCUCCUGAUGUCCCCUGGGAGUUUAUCCAGGAGUUCCACGAGCCACCGCCGUGGCUUAAAGAAGAAGCAGCUCGGUCACGUCCUAUCCUGCCGUGGCUGCCUCUCGAUUGCCGGAACGUGAUGCCGAGCAGGGUCUGCACCGUUGCGGAUGGUUUAGAUGGGGUCCGGUUAGAGUCUCUGGUGUUGGAGCAGGACGAGUUUCCGGCCAUCCGGCGUCCUCCAUCUCCUCCGGCUCCUCCACUUGGUGAUUCUGUCGUCCAUAGGGCCCAAGCUCUGAAGAAGGAGAUUGAGUUGGCAGAUUCGGUUUUGGACGCUCAGCAGGUGGCGAAAGACUUGCAUGAUCUUUGUCUUGAAUCCGGGAAUGCUCAGGCAGUACUUAGCUUGGUACAGCCAUGGGAAGCGGAUGAUGACACCGUGAGGGUUCUGCUUUCACAUUUGGUACUCGAGGAAGAUGGGAUGCGUGGAAAAGGGCCGGCACUUGUGCUGUGUUCUCUUGUCCUACCGAAGUUACUUGACCUCCAGAGAGCAGCUUCGUCUGGUCUUAUUUCGGCUGCCUUGGAUAUCUGCAAACGUCACCCAGCUGCUGCAGUGGAGGCUGUCCUCUUUCCACUAGUUCUUAGAAAGGAAGGGCUAAAUGUUCCUCAGUGUGAUGUGCUCACGCGGAUUGUCAAGGAUUGUAUGCAUCCCUUGCAUGUCACUGCCUUCUGUCACAGGCUGCUUUCAGGGGAGGAGGAAGAGCGGAGACCGGUUUGUAUGCCUCAGCAUCGGGAAAAUAUUGGUAUUGAUUUGGUCUGGACAGAAUCUAUCUUUCUCCUGUUUAACGGCAUUCUCAAUCAAGACAUUCGCCUGACACCAAGCACCAUCGAGAAGCUAGUGUCCAUGAUUGAUGGCAUGGCAAUGAAGUUUCGAAAGUCGCUUAAAUUUGGCAACUUUUUUCUGUGCUUCGUCUCCAAGUGCUGGCAUGAAUGCAAGAUUCAUAGACUUUUGCUUGAGAGAGCUGCUGAGACGACCAACACUUUCUUGACUAAAGCUAUAUUGGCAAAACUGCGGCCUACGAGUUGAAGUGCCUUCUUCAAUUGUUUAGAGGUGAACUUCCAGUGAGACUACAUGUAAAUUCAAAUUAACCAAGUAUCUAAUUGCAUGCAAGGAAUAUUUUGUCUGUGACUUUUGA